AUGGGAGAGGGAGGCAACGUUGUGUUAAUUAACGGUACCCCGUAUGAUUGGGUCAAGACCAACGAACACUCCUACCAAAUGGAAGUUUGGUCGUUCCCAGAUGUGAUUCCCGCAGGCCAAAUGCGCCUGGUACACGUUGAGUGGAAAGAAGGAGUUUUAGUCCGUGAAUCCGACGAUGCUGGCGAAGCCAGCUAUGUCUUGCAAGGCACUUCUAGGACCUUUCAGUUGCAAGCGCGGGCUCCUCACGGCAAGUAUAAUCUUCAGGUCUACUACGACGGUAUCUCCACGGCAAACAAUGCGCGGGGUAGCGUCGUCAAGCUUGGUUGGAAACACGACGGAGACGUCGUCUUUAUCCUCUCGGGACGCGACGGGUGCUUUUCUUCCACGAACCCUCCAUCCGACUGGAUGCAUCGUAACCUGUCCACCUUAGGAAACCGACAGUUGCGUCAAAUUUGCAUUCCUGGAUCGCACGAUUCUGGCAUGAGUAUCGUCGACGGCAAGACGCCUUUGGCGAACGAGAACAAUGUCAUCACCCAGACGGCCUCUAUAGCGACACAGCUGUUUCUGGGAGGGCGGUACUUCGAUACUCGCCCGGUGAUCGCAAGCGGCCAGUUCAAGACGGGACACUACUCCGGCAUCGAAGUCCUAGGCUGGCAGGGGGCGGACGGACAGAACUUCGCGCAAAUCAUCGAGGAAAUCAAUGCAUACACCGCCGAAAACAAGGAGCUGGUCGUGCUCAACCUCUCGCACGACCGCAACACCGACCACGGCCGUGAGUUCAAGCCGUUUACCCAGGAGGAGUGGGACCGCCUCUUCGAGCAGCUCUCGGCGCUCGACCACCUGUACGUCGCGCCGGACCCGGAGAAAGUCGACCUCACGCGCCUGACGCUCAACGAUUUCAUCGGGCGCGGCGAGGCCGCGGUCGUCGUCAUCGUGCAGCCCGACGCGCCGGACAUCGCCCUCGGCGACAAUGCGCAGCGCGGGUUCUACUUCUACAAGCAGUUCGACGCGUACAACAGCUAUGCGGACAAGGACAGGCUCGAGGGCAUGAUACAGGACCAGCUCGAGAAGAUGCGCGCGGUCCGGACGGGCCCCAACGCACAGCUGUUCCUGCUCUCGUGGACGCUCACGCAGGCGGUGCAGGACAUCGUCUCGGACGGCAGGAUCCUGACCCUUGCUGAGGAGGCGAACCCGGCGUUAUUCCGCCACUUGCCGUCCGCGGUCAACUCGCAGACGUUCCCGAACAUCUUGUACAUCGACGACUUCUCGCACUCGGACAUCACGGCGUUGGCUAUGGCCAUUAACGACAUUGCUAUCCAUGGAGAACAGUGA